CUCACGCACAGUAGAGGAAGAGGACUCUCGUCCCACUGAGGACAAUAAGUCUCCUUAAAAAGCUCUUAGGAGCUCAUCACCACCAGUAAAGCUGUAUAAGCACCGGGUUGACGGGACCGAAGGAAGUGGCGCGUCAUACGCAGAGCUGCCUGCUGACAUCGCCAUGAGUUACAAACCUAUAGCUCCUGCGCCAUCUGGCUCCAACCACACCCCUCCAGGCUCUUCUGUGCCCUCUCCAUCUCUACCAUCGUCAUCCAACUUCAGGCCAGCUUUCAGCGACUUUGGCCCUCCCUCCAUGGGCUUCGUUCAGCCUGUUAAAGUGUCUCAAGGGUCCACCUACAGUGAGCUGCUGUCUGUCAUUGAAGAGAUGAGCCGUGAGAUCAGGCCUACGUACGCUGGGAGCAAGAGCGCUAUGGAGAGGCUAAAGAGAGGUAUAAUCCACGCCCGUGCACUGGUCAGGGAGUGUCUUGCAGAGACGGAGAGAAGCGCCCGCACAUAACCUUUUGGAAAGAUCCCUCCACCCCUCAUUCUUUCCCUAGUAGAAGCCUCUCUGCUCAUCAUGACCCCCGUUGUCUGUUUUAAAACCAUUUCUUAUCCUUUACACUUCCCUUGCUGGCUUUUUAUUAAUAGGUGCAUAAUAUCCCUCUUGUCUCCACUCUUCCCUGCAUUCCAUCACACCCACUUAGUAACUUACAAACUUUCUGUGAUCUUUGGGGUGUAUGCAAAAUGCAGUUUUGUAACUAUUUUAAAAUGAGUGCGGAGAAUUUCAACAUAUUUUUAAGUAUAGCAAAAGCAUAGUAAAACGGAUGGGGAUGUUUAUAUUAUUUGUCUAAUAAUUGCAAUUGACCAAAAAAAUUGGCUGUUUUAGGAUGAUGAUAUCAUUGUGCAAAUUGCACCUGUCCUCAAGUUUCUAUUCUGAGCAUCACUUUGCAACCACUGAUAUUUUUUUUGUCAAUCUGAGCAUCUAGAAUAUAACUUCCCUUCACACUUGCUUUGUUUUCUUUGUAUUUUGUAGCGUAAACAUAUUAGAUGUUUCUCAAUCCCAAGAAUUCUGUACAUCUGAAGUCAAUUUGUUAUUAUGGAAAUUUUGUAAACCAGAUUUUUGCAGUUCGGUAUGUUUAUCUUAAUUAAAUAACAGAAAAAAACACUUUGUGGCCCUCUCUU